AUGAUCAAAUACUAUAACAGCUGCAAGGGGGGAGUGGAUGCUUUGGAUCAGGUAAACAAUUUAUUCUUUUUACAGGCUAUUUUUUAUUAUGCAUGCCAUAUAUUUUGUGCUUUAUUUUUCUGUGAUUUUUUCAUGCCUUUUAUCAUCAUAUUUUUUUCUCUUGCAGCGUGUGAACACAUACAGUGUUGGGAGAAAGACGCAGCGCUGGCCUCUGGCGCUCUUCUUCAACAUCUUGAAUGUGAGCGCUCUCAACGCCUUCAUCCUUUGGAGGCAGGUGGAUCCAGACUGGAACAGUGGGAAGCGGGCCAUCAGGCGGCUCUUCCUUCAAGAGCUGGGGAGUUUAUUGGUGCAGCCGCUCAUCGUACAACGUCUCCGCCUUCCCCGCAACCCUGCCGCUGCAGCCAUAGUGGAGAGGGCUCAGGGGGCGCGAGAAUCGGACCCUGCUCUGCCAGCUGCUCCUCAAGCUCCUGAAUCCCGGCGGGUGCUCUGCCAUCUCUGCACUCCUCCGAAAUCAAAGGCCAGAGGAUCUUGCGCAAAGUGUGGACUCUUCUCAUGCAAAGAACACACCCUCAAUGUAUGCACGGCCUGUAAAUAA